AUGGCUGGAACGCUUCGCAUCUGCACACCCGGUGGCCAAGAACUGGAGCUGCCAUUCUCCGAAUCCGACACAGUAGCAAAGGUAAAGGAUGACAUUAUAGGGAGAAUGCAUGAGCCCGUUGCGCACCUUAGGCUUUUGCAUGGUGUGGAGGAGCUGAAAAAUGAUUGGCUGUUGUCCGAACAUGGGAUUACGAACGGCACUGUCUUGACCCAAGUGAUCUCUGCUUUCCCUUCGGGCACGUUCAAGCUCUUUGGUGGAGGCCGUGCAAGGGGCGGUGGUCCUGCAGGCCGGAACACUUCGGCAGAGGUGGAAGCAGAGUUCCGCUCAGACGGAACCUUCCACAUCCACGUGCACGAGAGGGAGAUUACGUCCUUGGUUCAGGGUCCAGACUGGGAUCCCUACAAAUGGAAGGCUGCCUUCGACCAUGACUACGAGGGCAAGGCCAGCAUUGAGCAGCUUCCAGAGAUACUCCUCCUGGUGUCCCGGUGCACGCGCAAAGGCAUCUUUAAGGAGUCGGAGCCAGUGGAGUUGAUGGGAGAAAUAUGCCCCGAUGCAGAGGAUGUGAAAUUGAAGCUCCCCUUCGAGGCCGGAGCCUGCAAUGAAGGGCGGGCCGGCUUCCGGUGGGUUACAGUAUCACAGAAGCCCGAACCAAAAAAGGAAGAUCCCGUGGAUGACAGCUCUGGCCCAGACGAUUUCCCGCCACCGGCAGGCCCCAGAAAGGGUCCUUUCACAAGCCUGUUGUCAAGGGCCGCAGGGGUGUUCUCCAGACGCGGAUGA